AUGGACAAUCCCGAGUCAGUGGGCCCCGUCUCCGUCGAUGCAGUGGCACGCAGAAGACGAUACGUUUUCCCGGUCAUGGCGACCAACACGUACACCGCGGCCCCUGUCCAUCCAGGCAUUGGCUCAUCCCUCGAAGGGCCGAGAACUGUGACGACGCAGCUCAGCGUCUUCGAUCUCAUCCCUCCCCGAGUCUACAUCAAAUUUAUCGUCUAUCUGCCGCUGAAGCUUGAUGUCAGCUUCCAGCAGGCGUUUUCCCAUCUGCAAGCGGGCCUCCGCACGACACUGCAGCAGUUCCCCUUCCUCAACGGCCGCAUUUAUCCCCGUGAUGAACGAGAACCAGGCUGGAGACCCGGGCACAUCGUCGUCUCACAUGACGCUGCCGGCCAGAGCGAUCCCGAAAAGCCUCCGCGGCAACUCGUAUUCAAAGACCUGUCCCAGGUGCUACCGGACUACGAGGACCUUCGCGACAACGGAUUCGAGUUCUCGGCGUUUGACGACGAACUCGUCCUCGCCGCUCCGUUCGUGCCGGAUCUCACGGGCGGCGCGGAUGUGUUCCUGGCCCAGGCCAACUUCGUCAACGGCGGCUGCAUCCUCGCGACCGGGUUCCACCACUCGGCCUGCGACGCCACCGGCAUGGUGACGGCGAUGCGCGCCUGGUCGGAGCACUGCAGAAACCUGGGCCAGCCUCACGACGACGCCGACUUGUGCAGCUGGCUGGCCCCGGAAAGCUUCGACCGGACUCUGCUCGAGCGGCUGUGGAGCAAAUCCCCGGCCAAGCCCGCUUCCGACAUCCCGCGCGACACGUGGGGCUUCCUUGGCUUCCAGCCUCCGGGAACGGAAGAGGACCCGGCGGCGGUGGCGGCGGCGGCGGCGGCGGAGGAUACGGCCCCAUCAUCGGCUCCGGUUCGGACCAUGGAGUCUAGCAUAUUCUACAUCUCCCCGGAAAACUUCAAUAACCUAAAAAAAGAGGUUCUGGAUAGCUCUCACAACGACGACGACGACAACGACAAGGCUCUUUCGGCGAAUGAUGCGCUGUUGGCCCUUUUCUGGCGCGCUCUUAUGAAAGCGCGGUACAACGCCGCCAAAGCGGCGGGUAAGGCCACGCCGCCGGGGGAGAUUUCGUACCUGGAGUCGCCGGUGGACGGCAGGCCGGACUUCGACCCGGCGCUUCCCUCGUCGUACGCCGGCAACCUCGUCAUCGUCAACAAGGUCCCGAUGCCGGUGGCCCAGCUCGCCUCGCCCGAGACCAGCCUGCGCGACGUCGCGCAGCGGAUCCGCGCGCAGGCGGCCAAGGUGAACCCGGGCCUCGUCAAGGACGCCUUCACCCUCAUGCGGGAGGUGCCGGACUACACGAAGCUGAGGCACGCCUUCACCCGUCUCGACGGGUUCGACGUCAUGAUCACGUCGGUGCUGCUGCUGCCGCUGGACGACAUCGGCUUUGGCGGCGACGUCUUUGGCAACGACGGCAGGCCCGAGUCGCUGCGGCCCCUGAUGGACGCCUUCAACGCCAAUUUCCGGCUGUGCAUGGUGUUGCCGAUGAAGGGCCACGGCGGCAUUGAGCUGCUGGUGAGCUUGUUCGCCGACGAGAUGGAGCAGUUGCUGGAGGAUGACGAGUUUGCCAAGUACGCCGCUUUCUGCUGUCACUAA